GCAACGUGAGAAACUGAGCAGGUGCGAGUUUCGCUUAUCACAAGUUCGUUUCGUAUCCUGUAUAUCUUACUUCGUGGUCCGUGCAUACAGCCAAGGUUGGUAUGAAAGAAAUCUUAUAAUCGUAAUUCUAUUAUAGUUUAAUUAUUCAACACGGAAAAUCUUAGUCAGAGCAAUUCUAUUAUAGUUUAAUUAUUCAACACGGAAAACCUUAGAGCAAUUCAAUAAAUAAAUUGAAAACCCAACACAGCCUUGAUGAAUUUUUAUCAUUAUAUCAUUAUCGUGUAGAGAUGAACCCUUAGGGCUUAGAUCGCUUUGGUGUAUGACCAUCACAACCCACAGUAAUGCCAUUACAUUUUGUAUUAUAUCAUGUAGUACACAUUUCAAUGGAAGUCCUUGAAGAGAAUCGUAAAGUAUUGUUACGCACCAAUGAUCGUUUGACUAGCAUAAAAUCUAUUGCUGUAGAAACUGAAGAAAUUGGUUCUGCGAUUGUUCAAGAAUUGGGAGAACAAAGACAGACACUCCAUGGUACUCGCAAUCGAUUGGAAGACAUUGACAGUUCCAGAAUAUCUUCACACCGUUAUGUCUCUGCUAUUAAUAGACAUGUUUUCCAGGACAAACUUAUGCUUGUACUCAUUAUUAUUAUUGAGGCCUGCACUUUAGUUGGACUUGUCUAUAUAAAAUUUAUAAAAAAUUAAUUUUGUCGAAACAAUACAUAAUAUGUUACACCUUACACUGCUCUAAAAUUAUACUAUUUUAAAUUUA